AAGCUCUGGCUUCAGCUCUGAGAUCAAACCCUUCACGCCUGAUAGAGCUGGAUCUCACAGGAAAUGAUCCUGGACAAUCAGGAGUGAAGAAGCUCAAUGAUUUACUACAGGAUCCAAACUGUCAACUCAAGGCACUGAGGUUUUUGGGUCCUGCUGCAGAUGAAGCCUGUCAGUAUGUGACUGGAAUUGUAGGUAAAAACCCGUUAUUCCUGAGAGAGCUGAAUCUGAGUGAACAUGAACUAGGAGACACACGAGUGAAUCAGAUCGCUGCUCUACUGCAGGAUAAACACUGUAAACUCAACACACUGAUGCUGCGUGAUUGUGGUCUAACAGAGGAAAGCUGUUCAGGUUUUGCUACAGUCCUGAGAUCAAACCCCAGUCUGAAAGAGCUUGACAUGAGCAACAAUAAUCUGCAGAAUUCAGGAGUGAAGAAACUCCAGAUUGGAUUAGAAAAUACAAAAUGCACAUUGGAGAAACUCAGACUUUCAGACUGCAGUAUCACAGAAGAAGGUUAUAAAGCUCUGGCUUCAGCUCUGAGAUCAAACCCUUCACACCUGAUAGAGCUGGAUCUCACAGGAAAUGAUCCUGGACAAUCAGGAGUGAAGGAGCUCAAUGAUUUACUACAGGAUCCAAACUGUCAACUCAAGACACUGAGGUUUUUGGGUCCUGCUGCAGAUGAAGCCUGUCAGUAUGUGACUGGAAUUGUGGGUAAAAACCCGUUACUCCUGAGAGAGCUGAAUCUGAUUGGACAUGAACUAGGAGACACACAAGUGAAUCAGAUCACUGCUCUACUGCAGGAUAAACACUGUCAACUCAACACACUGAAUCUGUGGAUAUGCAGUAUUACAGAGGAACAGUGUCUCAUCCUGACUUCAGCUCUGAAAUCAAACCCAUCACACCUGAGAGAACUGAACCUGAGCAGUAAUAAACUAGGAGACUCUGGAGUGAAAAACCUCGGUGAUCUACUGAUGAACACACAAUGCAAGCUGGAGAAACUAUAUCUAUAUGAUUGCAGUAUUACAGAGGAACAGUGUCUCAUCAUGACUUCAGCUCUGAAAUCAAACCCAUCACACCUGAGAGAACUGGACCUGAGCGGGAAUGAACUAGGAGACUCUGGAGUGAAUCACUUAUGUGACGUACUGAAGGAUUCACACUGUAAACUGGAGAGAUUGAGUCUUUAUAACUGUGGAAUUACAGAUGUUUCUUCUUUAACUCAGUCUUUGACAAACACAAAAGCACUGCAGUUUCUAAAAUGGCUUAAUCUGAGAGACAAUAUGAUUGGAGACUCAAAGCAGCAGCUCAUUGAUGUGCUACGAGACUCAAACUGUAAACUGAGUGUAGAUACAGAUUCAUCACCAAAAGUCCCUGAUAGAGUUCAGUCGCAAGAAAUACCUAAAAGUGUUCAAUCACCAAAAGAUCAUAAAUGCUGUAUAUCAUAAUUUGAAGUGGUCUUGAGAGGAGCAGUAAACAUCAGGUGAGGAUCCACAGAAGAGCUUCACUACUGUGUCUAUGAGGAGAAAGAAAUGUGUGAUAAAUGUGUGAAUGUGAUCCAUACAGGUGAAGAGACUUUACAAUCAAAUAAUGCAGCAUGUGUGUUAGAAACACGUGAUAUUGAAUGAUUAACGUUGCUUUAGUAUUCAAGCAAAUGGUUAUUUUGUUUAAUUUAAAGCUGGAACAGAAGAGGACGAAGCUCAGAUGAGUCUGUCUGGCUCUUCCAGUUUAUAAUAUUUGUAUUAAACUCAUCCAUAAUGAUACAAAUGUU